AUGGCAGAGUUACAGCCACCAGAAAGUACCGUCAACGCCGGUCUGGUGGGAGUAGCCAUAGCUCCGGCAGUCCCGGCGGCGGUAGAAAAUCUAUCGACGUCUCUUGCUCCGAAGCGGCAGCGGCGGCCGAGCGUCAGGCUGGGGGAGAUCGGAGACCAGCCGGCGGCGACGCUGUCGUACGACUCUCAAGCGAGAAGAGUGAAGCCGUGGCGGUUCCAUAAGGACUAUGGUCAAGCAUCGAAGGCGUCGAAGACUCGACCUCUCACAAAUCUGGUGAAUGGCGGAGAGUGCCACGAAACCCUAGAAACAGAAGAAAGGAGCUUCGCCGGCGACGGGAAUCUCGAUUCGGCGGUGUUCGGGAACCGGAAAGCGAAGAGGAGAGGCGCGACGAAGAGAGUAAGAUCGAAUUGGGCGACGAAGUUCGACGACGGAGCUGAAGGGGAUGAGAAGUUCAGCGGCAGGGAAGACGACGAGGAAGAGUAUAGGGAUUUCGAUCCGGAGGGCUCCGAGAGUCUAUUAAAGGAGCAGAGUCCUGUUCACUCCGUCGAUAAUGUGGCUCUCGAUUUGUGGCACGGCCAUCGAAGACCGGUUAGGGCGAGGGUGUCGGAAAGCAGAGAACACGAUGCUGUUGAAUUGGACGCAAUGCCUGACUCCGAUUCUCGUGAUCGGAAGUGUCGCACCAGUGCGGAUAGGAAUUUGACUGCAAAUCGCCUGCUUGACGAUGGUGUGAGAACCUGGCUCUUCGGACUGGGGCUAGGCCGAUACGCCCCGGUUUUCGAGAUACAUGAGGUGGAUUUUGAGGUUCUGCCAUUGUUGACACUGGAGGAUCUCAAAGAUAUGGGGAUAAACGCCGUUGGUUCUCGCCGGAAAAUUUACACUGCAAUCCAAAAUCUUCGCAAAGGGUUUACGUGAGUUUUGACCUUAGUAUAACAUCUUAGAAUUCUCGGCCAUAGCAGAAAUCAAAACAAAUGCCAUGUCUGAGGUGUUUUUGAGCUCUUUUGUCUGAUAGUAGUUUUGCUUUUAAGUUACUAAUUUUGCUAAUUUUGCUGCUGAGUGGUUCUUUAUUUUUCUCUAUAUUGCCUUCACAUUGAUUAUCUGUAAUAGGAAGCAUAGAAAAUAAUGCAACCAAGAGAAGAAUUUGAUCA